AUGGAACCAGGGGACAGUGUCUCACCAAGACAUAUGAGCGAUUCUAUGCGACAGGAGAAACGUCUUGCAAAAAUAGAGAAACGCCUUGCUGACGCUGAGCAAACCCUCCAGUCGCUAGUCCCCGUAUCUCAGAGAUCGGCACCACCGCCACCAAACAAUACCAAUGGAGGGCCAUCCUUCGGUUCGAACGAUGAUAGAGCAGUCCGACUCUCAGAGCCAUGCGAGAGCGACACCUAUUCAGACUCCCAGCGUACCUCUCACGACCCACGCAGACUGAUGACAUUUGCUGGCCCGGCAGGUCCUUCCCAGACAACAUCGCCGAUGGCAGGGGACACCGCUCCAGCUCAACACUCAGCGACGACCCAUGAAUACCAUUUCGAUCAGUGCCUCUCCUGUGGAAAUAAAUUGGAUUGCUACACUUACCCUGUAGAGAAAGAUUAUGGCUCGGGUCAAACAGGGGACCUGAGACAUCUAUUCAACGUUCUCGGGCCAUAA